AUGUCACCGCAAGAUUCGAAUGCCCCGAGAAGCCUGACAGCCCAGAGCCCGGCGAAUCCGGCUUUCCCCGCGAACUCCGUACCUGUGCCGCCCCAGACAGACUCCCGGGAUAAAUGGAGCAAAAAGAUGGAUUUCCUGUUAUCUGUCAUUGGCUUUGCUGUGGAUCUGGGGAAUGUCUGGAGAUUUCCAUACGUAUGCUACCAGAACGGAGGCGGGGCCUUCCUCAUCCCAUACAUCCUGAUGGCUGUCUUUGGGGGGGUGCCACUCUUCUACAUGGAGCUGGCAUUGGGGCAGUUCCACAGGACGGGGGCCAUCUCCAUAUGGAAGCACAUAUGUCCAAUUUUCAAAGGAAUUGGCUUUGCUAUCUGCGUCAUCGGCUUGUAUGUGUCCUUCUACUACAACACCAUCAUUGCCUGGGCCCUCUUCUACUUCUACUCGUCCUUCACCAGCACUCUGCCUUGGACCAACUGUGACAACGUGUGGAACACGAUCAACUGCACCAACUACUUUGGCAACAACAAUGUCACCUGGACCAACUUCUCCAGGUCGCCCGCUGAGGAGUUUUACACGAGGAACGUUCUGGAAAUCCACAAUUCUUCUGGGUUGCGCAAUGUCGGUGGGGUCCGCUGGCAGCUCCUGCUCUGCCUCUUUCUCAUCUUCACCAUCGUUUACUUCAGCCUCUGGAAGGGUGUUAAGACAUCAGGGAAGGUGGUGUGGGUGACGGCUACCCUCCCCUAUGUGGUGCUUCUCGUCCUGCUUAUUCGCGGCGCCACCCUCCCCGGAGCCUGGAGGGGUGUCGAGUUCUACCUGCGGCCCAAGUGGGAGAAGCUCCUGGAGACCAGCGUGUGGGUGGAUGCAGCGGCACAGAUCUUCUUCUCUCUGGGCCCUGGUUUUGGUGUGCUCCUAGCCCUCGCCAGCUACAACCCCUUCACCAACAACUGCUACCGCGACGCCAUCGUGACCAGCCUGGUGAACUGUCUGACCAGCUUCAUGUCUGGCUUUGUCAUCUUCACGGUGCUGGGCUACAUGGCCGAGAUGAGGAAGGUGGAUGUAGAAGAUGUCGCUAAGGAUAAAGGGCCCAGCUUGCUGUUCAUCACCUACCCAGAAGCCAUUGCCAACAUGAUGGGAUCCACAUUUUUUGCCAUCAUCUUCUUCGUGAUGAUGAUCACGCUGGGGUUGGACAGCACGUUUGGCGGACUGGAGGCCAUUAUCACUGCCGUGUUGGACGAGUACCCAGAGUACCUGUACCAGCGGAGGGAGCUGUUUGUACUGGGCCUGGUCACCGUGUGCUUUUUGGGCUCUCUCAGCACCCUUACCAAUGGCGGUGCGUAUGUGGUUAAACUCCUGGAGGAAUUUGGUGUCAGCUGCUCCAUUAUUGCUGUUGGGUUUCUGGAAGCCAUUGCAGUGUCCUGGUUUUACGGUAUCAAGAGAUUCAGCAAUGAUGUGAAAUCGAUGCUGGGCUACUCUCCUGGAAUAUUCUGGAAACUGUGCUGGGUGGCCAUCAGUCCAGCCUUUCUAGCGUAUAUCAUCGUCAGCUCCUUCCUGCACCAGCCCCCCCUUACUCUGUUUGAGUACGAGUACCCAGACUGGAGUAUCACUGUUGGUUACUUCAUCGGUAUCUCCUCUUUCAUGUGGAUCCCCAUGUACAUGGUGUACAAGCUGGUGUGGACGCCAGGCUCUCUGAAGCAGCGACUGGCUGUGUGUCUGCGGCCAGAGAGGACCGUGCCGGACCUCCAGACAGAAUCCCUCUCCAUGACUCCCAUCCCCUAAGCCUGGCAUCAAUGGGAAGGCCGAGCGGGAUGCACAUACACUCGCGAACGGGGAAGAAUGGCGACGCAAGUCCCCCUCAUCCACCCACUCCCAGUUCUGAGCCACAAUUAAAGGACAUAAUGGAAGGACUGCAUAUUUUGACUCUGCAAAGAAUAUUCUAAUAAUAUGCGUGGUGACUGAGUAGUCACUGCCUAGGUAUUUUUAAAGACAAAAAAUAUAAUUUAUGUAAAUUGUUUUAAGUAGGAAACACUGUGUGAGCAAAGCCAAAAACGACAUUUGUUGCUGUAGCUUGUGAAUCUUAUUACCUCUGCGUCUUGAUAUGAAAGAAGCUUACCUGUAAUUUAUGAUGAAGUUGUCUACUCCUUCUCUCAGAAAUGGUUCUGUAAGGCAGAAACUCAAUGCCAAAGCCCCCUUGGUUAAGAACCCCCCCCCCCCCUAGUGUUGCUAAUUCCAGCUGAGCCACACUGGAUGCCCUUGGAUAUCAACAGUCUUUUCUAAAUUAUGUUUUGGCAACCAAAAUAAUAUGUGCAAAAGGUUUGUAUUAUUAUCUGGGUAACGUUUCGUUCGAGCCUCUAUUGUAAAGAAAAUUCAUACUCGUUGUCGUAUAUAGCUGGAGAACAGGAGUAAAAUUAAGACCAAAGUGAUUUGACACGUUUGUCAUUGUAGAUGGACCGGCACUGUUGAAAGUCAUGCCCAAGUCUCUGCAUUUUUUCUGUUUUUAUGAAUAUUGGGAGCAAG